UCGGCCACUGCCUGUCUGCCUCCUCCCAUCAUUCGAUCACUCCUCCUCCUCCCUCCUCUCUCCCUCCCUCCGCGACCCAACAAGGAAGACGACGAAGAGGAGGAGAGAGAAGAGGAGGAGGAGGAGGAAAAGCUCUCUCUCUCUCUCUCUCUCUCUCUCUAGAUUCGAUUCCUUUCGUCCGGCGCGGCCAACCCGAAAGGCUGCGGCCGUCGCAGUCCAAUCGAUUCCCCCCCUGCGCUGCGCUGCGCUUUCCCACCCCUCGAAGCCGAAUCCGAUGGUUCCUCCACCCGUUGACCGCCUCCGCCAUCGGAGGCCGCGCCGCGCCCUCGAACCCCGCGCCGCCUGCUGCUGCCUCCGCCGCCUCCGCCUCCUAUAGAUACCGCCCCGGCUCACCGCGGCCCGGCCCUCCCGAAUGGCGGUCGGCGGCGACGACGACAUGGAGAGGGACUUCGCCGCCAGGCUCCGCCUCGCGCCCUCCCCCGCCUCCCCGAACGCCGCCGCCGGAGGUGGCGGUGGCGGGAUCGCCUUCCGCGCGCCGCAGGAGCAGUUCACCGUCGGCGACUUCGAGCUUGGCAAGAUCUACGGCGUCGGCUCCUACUCCAAGGUGGUGAGGGCCAAGAAGAAGGAUACGGGGAAUGUGUACGCGCUCAAGAUCAUGGACAAGAAGUUCAUCACCAAGGAGAACAAGAUCUCCUACGUCAAGAUGGAGCGCAUCGUGCUCGAUCAGCUGGAUCACCCGGGCGUCAUCAGGCUCUUCUUCACCUUCCAGGACACCUACUCCCUCUAUAUGGCGCUUGAGUCGUGUGAAGGUGGGGAGCUGUUUGACCAAAUUGUUCGGAAAGGUCGCCUGUCUGAGGAUGAGGCCCGGUUUUAUGCUGCUGAAAUUGUUGAUAUUCUGGAGUAUUUGCAUAGUUUAGGCCUAAUUCAUCGGGAUGUUAAGCCAGAAAAUUUACUGCUUACUUCUGAUGGGCACAUCAAGAUUGCCGAUUUUGGUAGUGUGAAGCCUACAAAGGACACCCCGAUCAAAGUCCUUCCAAAUUCCACUAACGAGAGGGCCUGUACAUUUGUUGGGACAGCUGCAUAUGUACCACCUGAGGUCCUGAACUCUGCCCCACCAACCUUUGGAAAUGACUUAUGGGCAUUGGGGUGUACUCUAUAUCAAUUGCUUUCUGGCUCUUCACCAUUUAAAGAUGCCAGUGAGUGGUUAAUUUUCCAGAGAAUUAUAGCACGCGAUCUCAAAAUUCCUGAGUACUUCUCAGAUGAUGCAAGGGAUCUCAUUGACAAGCUGCUGGAUGUCGACCCAAGCAAACGUCCAGGUGCAGGACCUGAUGGUUAUGUGUCAUUGAAGAAACAUCCUUUUUUUAGAGGCAUUGAUUGGAAAAAUAUAAGGAGCACACGGGCACCGAAGCUUGCAAUGGAGGCAAAUGCAAAUGAGGAUGAAGAUAGUCAGGAUUCAAGUUGGUUGUCACACAUGGGAAGUGCUCCAGUCAACCAACAUGUCAGUCCUGUUGGGAAUGAUGGUGCCUCAUCAUCUUCUGAAGUACGCUCCCAUAUAUCUAGAUUAGCUUCCAUCGACUCCUUCGACUCUAGAUGGCAGGACUUCCUGGAGCCUGGCGAAUCUGUCGUUCUAAUAUCAAAACUGAAGAAGAUAAACAAGCUAACGAACAAGAAGGUUCAGUUGAUCCUCACCGACAAACCACAGCUGAUCUGUGUAGAUCCUGGAAAAAUGGUGACUAAAGGGAACAUCAUGUGGUCUGAUGACCCAAGUGAACUCAAUGUGCAAGUAUCAAACUCUUCGCAUUUCAGGAUAUGCACGCCAAAGAAGGUGUCAUCGUUUGAGGAUGCAAAACAGCGCGCCUGGCAAUGGAAGAAGGCGAUCGAAGACCUACAACGCUGCCAGAAGAACUGACCAUGACCAACUCAAGACGUCAAAAUGGUGAUAUUAAGCAUUGUGUAUACACCAUAGCCAUCCUUUUCGCCUGGAGGAACAUGGGGGAGACUAUUGUUCCUGGUCUCCUGCAUCUGUGCCCGAUUGCAACGAAGUCUCAACAGUUGGCACAUCGAUGGAUGUUCCUACAUUUUUUUGUUUUCUUUUCCGGCCCUGCUAAAUUCUCUUAUAGCAAACAAUUUUGCUCGUUUGUUUUGUAAUUUGGUGCAGCAGAUAGCAUCAGGAAUUCAGGAUGAUUGAAAACGUUUGCACUUGAAACAUUUAACACAGGAAACUACAUGAGAUUGCCAGUUUGUACUGUUG